CAUUUAUAUUUGUUUCAAUCAACAAUUAAUGCUGACGUGAUUACAUGAAGACUGUAUUAAUUAUAAUGUGGUAUUAGUCCAUUAACAUGAACAAUAUAAGCCUUUCUUGGCUGAAUUUCUUACCAAACACAAUCUCACUCCAUUUUUUGGAUCUACUGUUCAAUCCAGAGACGAUAGACUUAGCAGGUAAUAUUCCCACCUCAAAUGGAACAUACAAAAGUAUCACUAAGGGCUAUUUUGGGGUGGACGCUCCAAACAAGGAUUUCUCUAUUUAUAUACAUGGCUCGAACUCAAGACCUCUGAUUAAAGGUGGCACAGUUCCACCAUUACGCUGCAACUCAUGUUGGUGAAGUGCUAUCGGAAAAUUCUCAGAGCGUGCAAAAAUGGCAACUCAAUCAACCAAACACACUGCUGAAACCGUUGCCAUCUCUUUCGUGGACCAAUACUAUCACAUUUUACAGAAUUUAAUCCAUCAGUCAUAUCGAUUUUAUAAGAAAAAUAGUGUCCUAAGUUGGCCAUUACCAGAUGGUGGAAUUAAGUCUGUGACAACUUCUAAAGGCAUAAACGAAUUUAUUGUUUUAUCUCACUUUAAGAGAAACAGGAUGGAAGUCACAACUAUUGACUCCCCAUCAUCUACUGCUGGAGGUGUUCUAGUGGUGGUGACAGGGUGCUUGAUUGGUCAAGACGCGUCGAGAAAAAAUUUCUCUCAAACGUUUUUUCUUACUCCACAAGAGACGGGAUAUUAUGUGCUGAACGAUAUUUUUAGAUUUAUCAGCGUAGAAAAAUCUUCAACAAUCAUUGAGGAAAAGGUAGAUGAAAAUCCUCCAAUCGCACCUCUAGCUAUUGAGAACAAAGCUGAAAAUACUGUUGCUACAAGCCAAAAAGAAGAACAAGUACUUGUCAAGACGACUCCAAUCAUUGCAAAUGAAGCUCCGAAAGUUAGCUAUGCUUUAAUGAUAAAGCAAGGUAGACCUUCAUCACCAACAAAUACACCACACAAGAUUGUAAAUGUUGCUGUAAAUGCUGGUCUCCCAACAACACCUAAAAGAACUCAAGCCAAUAGCUUUGUUCAGGCACUGAUAUCUAGUUCAGGUGGUGUGGAGAAAGUUGCAGCUCCUCCAACCAAUGUUGCACAAGACAAUUAUGAUGAUGUCCAACAUAAAUCGAUAUAUAUUGGAGGAUUGUCAUCAAACACAACACGAAGUGAUCUCCAUGCUGUUGUCAAAGAGUUUGGACCAGUUCGCAUUCAUGACGUUCAACUCAAAACUUAUGAGGAUGGAUAUUGUUGUGGUUUUGUGCAUUUUCAAGAUGCAAUUUCUGUUCAAAAUGCUGUCCAAAAUCAUCACAUUAUUGUGAACGGGAAAGAGGCUUACAUGAGAUUCAAGAGACCUAACAAAGGUCGCGUCGAGAUAGCAAACUCUCCAUCGGACACUGAGGAGAAGGUUACCAGCAAUAGAACUACAUGAAGGAUAAAGAGGUGGUGGCAACUAAAGUUAGUGUUGUUGUAGGCUACUAGGUUUAAAUUAUACUUCCUCCGUUUCAUUUCAUGUGUCAUACUUUGACCGGACACGGAGUUUAAGAUAUAAAAAAGACGUGAUAUGUUUAUCAAAUUGUCCUUUAUUAAAAAAUUGUAUUACUACUAUCUUUAGUUAAGUGGGACCAAAAAAGAUAAAAGUGAAAUUGUGUCUUUAAAUAGUUUUCAAAUAAGAAAGUGUGACAUUCUUUCUGGGACAGAUCAAAAAGAAAAUGACGGCAUGAGAGGGAGGAAGUAUCAAAUUUU